CUGGUGUCACUGCCCAUUGGGACUUCCAGAGGAAAGAGCUAGUCAGUGGCAAAAGAGUGAGGGGAGCACGUUUGUCAGACAGUGCCCAAUGAACUGACUUGGGUUUUGAUUUAGCUCAUUAUUUUUGUCUUUUAACAGCUACCUGAAGUUUCUGGCAGUAAAGUCGUUAUGGCAGACCUGGGCUGCAAAAAACCCAGCGACUGCACCGUCUCCAGGCUACUCAGCGUAGUGGAGAGUGAACUCCGGGCUGGGAGAGACAAAGGCGACCCCACUGAGAAACAGCUCCAGGUCGUCUUAGAGGAUGCGACGCUCUGGCAGAGAUUCAGGGAAGUCACUAAUGAGAUGAUUGUGACCAAGAAUGGCAGGCGGAUGUUCCCUGUUUUGAAGAUCAGCGUGUCAGGCUUGGACCCAAACGCCAUGUAUUCCUUCCUGUUGGACUUUGCCCCGACUGAUGGCCAUCGCUGGAAGUAUGUCAAUGGAGAAUGGGUGCCGGCUGGGAAGCCAGAGCCGUCAAACCACAGCUGCGUCUACAUCCACCCAGACUCUCCCAACUUUGGGGCCCAUUGGAUGAAAGCUGCCAUUUCCUUCAGCAAAGUCAAACUUACCAACAAGCUCAAUGGGAGUGGGCAGAUAAUGUUGAACUCCCUGCAUAAAUAUGAGCCCCAGGUACACAUAGUUCGCGUAGGAGGCCCCCACCGGAUGGUGAUGAACUGUUCCUUCCCUGAGACGCAGUUCAUAGCUGUGACUGCCUAUCAAAAUGAAGAGAUAACAGCUCUCAAAAUCAAGUAUAAUCCCUUUGCCAAAGCCUUCCUGGAUGCAAAAGAAAGAAACCAUCCCAAGGAUGCUUCAGAAACAGUCUCUGAAGGUCAACAUAUGACAUAUUCUCACUCUCCACACACUCCCCACAGCUGUGAGCGAUAUUCAGCACUGCGAGGACAUCGGGCUGCUCCGUACCCACCUUCCUACAUGCAAAGAAAUCAUUCACCUACAGUUAAUUUGUUGGAGAGCUCCAGCAAUAAUCUUCAGGUAUUCUCAGGACAUGACAGCUGGACUUUGCCAUCCUCUCCACAUGCUAAUUUGCUCUCAGUGCCACACACGAAGGGAGCUGCCAGCCCUGGACCCAGCCACUACCCUUGCCUGUGGACAGUGAGCAACAGUGCUGUAAACGUUGCCAACCCAGGAAGCGAGGUGAACAGCAGCCCUUCAAGCAUGUUUCUAAGGGGUAAUGUCCCCUUACCUGCUGCAUCAUCAGUCCAAAUCCCUCUGCAGGGAACGGUGUCUGGCAGCAUGGAAAUGCAAGGGGAAGCCGCUCUAGCCAGACUAGCCGACUCUGCGUGGACAACCUCACACUCCUUUUAAUGAACAGGCAGCUCACGUGGGAAGCUCAGCCAAACAAGACUGACACAAAUGGCAAACGAUCCCCUAGGAGUGCAGCUCAGAGCAGGGAUGUGUAUGCAGAAAACUGACUUCAUCAAACAUCACUUUCCAUAAUGUACCUCUCGUGUACCAGAGAAGCCAAAAUGCAUAAUGCAAGGGCAGGAAAUGUUAUGGGAACCGGCUUAUUACUGUAACCUUUAUGUGUCAUUCAGGAUGAUGUCCGGAAUCUUUAUAGCUAGUUUUGCUUCUAUAUCACAUAAAAAAUGGUCAGACAUGGGACUGAGCGAAGCAGACAUGGCAGCUGGAUAUU